AUGUCCAGCCUUUCUGUUUUGCGGUAUCAUCCGCUGAGACUGGCACCUCGAGCACAAGUUUAUGCCCUUCAUCUUUCAUCUACAUCAUCUAUACUUGGACCUCAGCAUCAUCGCCAUCAGAGCCAUGCGAGAUCAUACUCUAAGAAAACUAGCAUCGUGCCACAGAACACUCUCCCCUUUGACAGCCAAAUCAUCAAACCACCAUCCAACGCCGUCGAACAUGUGUUAACGACCUUGGAUAGCAUCGUCAAUUGGGCCCGCCAGGGUUCCUUCUGGCCCUUGACCUUUGGUCUAGCCUGCUGCGGUAUAGAGAUGAUGCAUGUAUCCAUGCCCCGCUACGACCAGGAUCGUCUCGGCAUCAUCUUCCGCGCCUCACCUCGACAAGCUGAUGUUAUGAUCGUUGCUGGCACGGUCACGAACAAGAUGGCACCUGCUGUUCGACAAUGCUACGACCAGAUGCCCGACCCGAAAUGGGUUAUCAGCAUGGGCAGUUGUGCGAAUGGAGGUGGUUACUACCACUACAGCUACUCAGUCGUCAGGGGAGUGGAUCGGAUUGUACCCGUCGACAUCUACGUGCCCGGAUGCCCACCCACUGCAGAGGCUCUACUACAUGGCGUGUUUCUCUUACAGGCAAAGCAGAGAAGGACGAAGAUCACGAGAAUGUGGUAUCGGAAGUAG